UUUGUGUUCUAAUAACUAAACCUUGUCAUGUUCCACAUGCCGCGUGACAGUGCAGGGCUACAUGAGUGAUGAUUGAAUGAAUUUCCAGGAGUUUCCUGGAGAAAUAGAGGAGCAUUUUCAUCAUCGGGACUUGAUGCUGGAGCGUGCUCAUACCCAUUUUAUACAGACCGGGAGCUCCGAGCGGUUGAUGCGCCGAGAGAAGGUUCUGAAAUUUCCCAAAAAAAAAGCCGAAACUCUCCUUGAUGUUCUUUCAUUCUCUUCCAUCAAACACGCCGUAGUUCUUACGGUGAGCAAAACAGUACCAGCCUCGGGCGCUUUUACAUUUCUUCAAGGAGAGGGAUAGAUGAGCAUCGGCAGCAGCAAGAUGGACGGAGGCAAGGGUAAGAAGGGUUCUUCUGGAAUCUCUCUCCAGCAAUUCAUCACUACUACGAUGCCCCUGAUCGACAUGGAGAAGGAAGCUGAAAUAGCUGCAGCUUUAGAUUCCGGUUCACCAGUUCCUGCAGCAACUGCUCAGAAACGCAACUCUGUGCUUUUUAAUUUGAAGUGUACUGAUGUCCAGACAGGGUUGAUGGGAAAGGCCCUUCUUCUUUUCGAACCAAAUAAAGGGGACGUUCUUCCUGCUCAUAAGUUUGGGCCUCAUGAUGUAGUUGUUCUAAGACAAAAUAAGGCCGAGGCAGGGAGUGCCUCUCUCGGUCAGGGAGUGGUGUACCGUCUGAAGGAUUCAUCAAUUACAGUUGCUUUUGAUGACAUUCCAGAAGAUGGCUUAAAUGUGCCCCUCAGGCUUGAAAAAGUUGCAAAUGAGGUUACCUACCGCAGGAUGAAGGAUGCCCUAAUACAAUUAAGCAAAACCAUAAGGGGACCUGCUGAAGAUCUAAUACCUGUGUUAUUUGGUGAGAGGCCACCAAGAUUGACGAAAACGGCUGUCUCAUUCUCCCUUUUCAAUUCAAGCCUGGACCAAUCCCAGAGAGAUGCUAUUGCAAAGGCUCUCUCAUCACAGAAUGUUAUUCUUCUUCAUGGGCCUCCUGGAACGGGGAAGACUACGACUGUGGUAGAAAUUAUCCUGCAAGAAGUCAAACGUGGUUCAAAAAUACUUGCCUGUGCCGCUUCUAAUAUUGCUGUUGACAACAUUGUUGAAAGACUUUCCUGCCAUAGGACAAAAUUAGUGAGAUUGGGGCAUCCUGCUCGCCUUCUUCCCCAAGUAUUAGAAAGUGCACUUGAUGCACAGGUUUUGCGUGGCGACAACAGUGGCCUUGCAAAUGACAUUCGGAAGGAAAUGAAGGUUCUGAAUGGGAAGUUGUUGAGGACAAAAGAUAGAAAUACAAGAAGGGAUAUCCGGAAGGAACUCAGGACUCUUGCCAAGGAAGAGAGGAAAAGACAGCAGCUAGCUGUUAUGGAUGUGAUUAAAGAUGCAAGUGUAGUUUUAACAACUUUGACUGGUGCCUCUUCCCAGAUACUGGAAGGCCAUGAUUUUGAUUUGGUUAUUAUUGAUGAAGCUGCCCAAGCUCUUGAGGUGGCUUGUUGGAUCGCUCUGCUGAAGGGACGACGGUGUAUACUUGCAGGAGACCAUCUCCAGCUACCCCCAACCAUACAAAGUCCUGAAGCUGAGAAAAAUGGCCUAGGAAGAACCCUUUUUGAAAGACUAGCACACUUAUAUGGAGAACAGGUUACAGUUAUGCUGACUGUCCAAUAUCGCAUGCACAAGCUAAUAAUGGAUUGGUCAUCGAGAGAACUAUAUAACAGCAAGAUUGAGGCCCAUUCAUGUGUUGCAGGACACAUGCUCUAUGAUCUAGAAGGUGUACAGAGGACGGCAUCAACUGAACCAACUCUUCUCCUAAUAGAUACUGCAGGGUGUGAUAUGGAAGAAAAGAAGGAUGAUGAAGAUAGCACAAUGAAUGAAGGAGAAGCUGCAGUAGCCAUGGUUCAUGCAAAGAGGCUUGUUGAAAGUGGUGUUAAUGCAUCUGAUAUUGGCAUAAUUACCCCUUAUGCAGCCCAGGUUGUCUUGUUAAAGAUGCUAAGGAGCAACACCGACAAGCUGAAGGAAAUGGAGAUUUCAACGGUUGAUGGCUUCCAAGGUCGGGAGAAAGAAGCCAUUAUCAUAUCAAUGGUCCGAUCAAAUUCAAAGAAAGAGGUUGGUUUUUUAAGUGAUAACAGGCGCAUGAAUGUGGCUGUGACACGAGCAAGAAGACAUUGUUGCCUUGUAUGUGACUCAGAGACUGUUAGCCAUGAUAGUUUCUUAAAGCGUUUGGUGGAGUACUUCGAGGAGCAUGGAGAGUAUCUCAGUGCCUCAGAGUUCACCCAAGAUUAAACUUGAAACCAAGAUGUUUCAGGGAGAGGAGAACCCUCAACGUUAGCUGCAAGGGAAUAUGCUUCUAGACUCACUUAUUAUAACCAACGUUUGGCAAUGCAAUUCAUCUUCUAUAUUUAGUGCACAUUAGAGAAUUUGUGGAUCUUUGAAGCGGUUUGAACGGCUUCUUUCUGAAGGUGAACUUUUGGAAUUAAUAACAUUCAUUGGCACAGAUACGCAAGCAUCCCAUGUACUUCCACCCAGCUUUGUUGACAUAGGUACAUCCAGCCUCCAGGUCAAUGUUAUUACUCGAAAAGAAAUAUAUUGAUUCUUGAAGCUGAUCAUGUCAAUGGCUUUAAGAAGAGAGAUUUAUGUUGUUAUGCUGCAUGUCUGUUGUAUUGAAAAAUUAGUUGCGUUAUCUAUCA